AUGUAUUCAUUGUAUGGCAGCCAUAUGCGUAGUAAAUGAAACCAUCUGGGUGAUGGUGUCGUUUGAGGUCUUUGGAAUUUGUAGUUUCCUUUAUUCUUACCUUAAAGAUCACUUCAAAUUAAGCACUCUCAGUGAAAAUUUUUCCUGAAGGGUCCAGAAAUUAAGUCAAAAAACAUUUACAAACUUUAAGGAAAAUCGCCAUUUUCAGGAUAAAUUUCAAGCGGUGUUGCCAAACUGCGCAAAAUGUUUUAAGUUAAUGAAAACUGUUUCCUUAGAUACCUACCAUGUAGAUUCAUUCAAUUUGGGUUACAUAGGGUUAUAUAGGCACUACUUACCAUGCUAACACAAACUGAAUUAACUGGUUCAUUCAUUUUGAAAUAAUACUUUUUAUUCAUUGUUACAUACAAACUGUUAAUAAAUGGGUGAAAUACGUGGCAACACCGCAUUGUGCUGAAUUCUCCAAAGAAAUAUAAACAAUCCAGCAAACUGACUAUCAACAUACAUACACAAGCUACAUAAUCCCAAGCAAAGGCGAGGCUAGAAAAGAUGCUCAAACUUUUGCAAACAACGGAAUUAUUAUGAAUCUUAGCGACAAUUUUGCAUGUGGAGUUAUAAAUUGUUGAUACGUAAAACACGAUUUAGCAGCAAAUAGCACCGGACAAUCUCAUUUUCGUGCGUGAAUAAGUGGUUUUGGAGACUCAAAUUUCAAAAGUUUGUGAGUGUUUUUUGGCUUAAUUUAUGGACCGUCCAGGAAAAAUUUUCACUGAAAGUGCUUAAUUUAAGGUACAAACCAAUAUUGAUCGUGGGGCGAAAUAACAUGUGACAAAAAACACAGAUACUUGGAACAGGUACGAGCUUGGAACAGUUACACAUGGAACCUGUGAGUGAAAAAUACUCGUUUGUGUCAUCCCUACUUUUCACACAAAAUGGGAGCGAGUAAUAAAAUCACGACCUAUCUGCGACAUAUUCAAAAGCACAGAAAGGGGGAAUAUUUUGGGAUUGCCACCACAGACUACUCACGAUAGCGAAUAACCUGUGUUCAAGUAGAAGGAAGAACACAGAUCACAGAGUAACCUCUGUGAGGAAGAAGAGCGGGUCAGUAUAGUAUUUCUUUAAUAUCCUAAUCUAUACUAAUACUGCUGACAUGUGCUCUGUUGGAGAAGGCUUUGAGGAUGAAGGGGGAAGUCGUAUGGAGAAAGCCGCCAGUGCAAAUUGGAAAGGUGGAAAAUGUAAUAAAUGCAGAGAAAAUGAUCCCGUGAUAUUACUCAGGAAGAAAGAUGCUUAUUGCAAAGCCUGUUUUCUAGCUGGUGCUAAUCAUAAAUUCAAAGCCUUAUUAGGCAAAUCCAAGUUAAUUCACCCCAAGGACAGAGUUCUGAUAGCAUGUGAAACUGGUCACCCAACCAUGUCUCUUCUGCAUCUCUUGAGGUCUGGCCUGGACUUAAACACUCAAAAAAAGCUGAGAUUUGAACCUGUUUUAGUCUAUGUGGAAGAUAAUUAUCACAUGUCUAUUGGCGAACGACAGAGAAUUAUUAGAUCAAUAAAUAAUGAAACAUCCAGGUUGAAGUUUCCACUACACCUGGUGUCUUUUGCAGACUCAAUCAAUAGAAAAAAUGUAUUAAUUAGUCAGAAAUCUUUAGCACUAAACAGGUGUGAUCAAGGAAAGGUUAACGCAAUGUUUGACCAAUCAAUUAACAAAACCAAUAGAAGACAACUUCUACAUAUUAUGAAACGAAACAUUUUACUUACUGUAGCCAAACAGUUGAACUGUAAGUAUAUCUUCACUCCUGAGCUAUCGAUGGAUAUAGCUUCAAGUUUAUUAACCAACAUAGCUUUAGGAAGAGGGUCACAAGUUCCGGAUGAUACUGGUUUCUGUGAUGGCAGAGAUUCCGAAGUGAAGAUUUUAAGACCGCUGCGCAAUUUUGACAUGAAAGAGUUGGCUAUGUAUAAUGUUUUCCAUAAACUGGAGCCCGUGUCAGUAAAUCCAGCACAAAUAGACCAAUACUCCUCUGUGCAAGAUUUAAUGAGCUACUUCAUCAUCGACCUUCAAGAAAACUAUCCUGCUACCAUUACAACAGUUGUAAAAACUGGUGAUAAGUUGGCAUUGAAUCAGAGCAUGAUAGCCGUCCAAUGCAAACUUUGUCAGAGUGCCAUUUUGCGGAAUUCAAAAGGACUUAGCUCAGCGGAAUCUACCAGAUUUUCAAAGCUGACUUCAAAUGAACUUCCCGACCACAACGUAUCUGGCCCGGAAAGAUAUUUGAAACUCACUGAAAAGUCUGACCACAGCCCGCAAGAACGUCAACAGUAUUGCUUUUCUUGUUCCAAAUUAUCGCGACAUUUGUUAGAAGAAAUAUAGGCUUAUCUGGCCGAAAUCACUCUUAUACAGAAUUGAUCGAUUACUACGUUGUAAAUUUUCCGCCUGGUUACCCAAAAUAAAUCCUGUAUAGGUAUGCAAA